AUGGCAACCGCUUUUUGCUCCUCUGGACCGUCGGGUCCGUUCUACCUGCACUCCAAAUCCGAGUGCGGUUCCAGCACUGAAGAGCGAGACGAGAGCAUGACACGCCAUGGCGCGUCGUUUUCCAGCGGUCUCCCGGAGGCAUAUCGACUGGGAGCGCGAUGCGCACCAACUGGACGGUCUUUCGACUCCACGCUCCGGCGUGGGCCGCCUGGCCAGCCUCCAGGUCCACUCCGUCCUUCCACGCCUACACGGAGAGCGCAUUUGCGUCAAACCUCUCGGCUUGGUUCUACCCAGGGGGGAAAUCCGUCCAUGUUCUAUGCGUCGCCUGGUCCUUGGGAGUUCUCCUCCAGUUUCAAUAAUGCGAUUUCGAUGGCGACGCCCUUUCACCGGCAAUUCUCGUCGUCCUCUGCGCUCGGCUACUCGGCAGGCGAGGCCUCGACAGCCUUCGGGACUGUGCCGCCAGUCUUGGGACUCCCACGCCUCGCGUACGAAAGUGAAGUUGCGCUCAUUCACUUUGCUGUCUACCUCAUCUGCGCAGUAGGCUGCGUGUGCGUCUACUACAACCUCGUAGUCCUAGAGGCCUACGUCUUGGCGCUCUUCUGGGCGGUUGUUUUCUCCAUCCCGCUGCGCACAGCGAUGAACGUUCUCAAGCGGCUCAUUCUGCUGAGCGCUGAGCGGAGUAUCGAAGCCGUCGCCGCUGCAAAACUGGCUGCCGCGACUGCAGGCGGCUCAGAACAGAGGCCGGGCGCUUCCUCCUCCUCUCUUCCUUCAGUGAAUGCGAAAUCUAUUUUCCGGCGGUCCCCACCGCGCCUGGCUUCUUCCGCCUCAUCAGCGCUCACGGGCGAGUUCCACACGGGGACACCCCCACCGGAGGGGACGGGCGGUUUCGUCGCUCCUGAAGUGUACAGACACCGCAGCACUUCCGAGUCCAUCGUCACGCGCCUUGUGUCGCGGGUGAUGCCUUCUGUGGCGCCCACCGCAGCAGCAGCAGAGAGUCUGCUGGCUCAGGAAAACAUCGUGAUUGCAGAGAAGCUCGAGAGUGUUGGGAACACUCUUCAAGAAGUCCUGGAGGAAUCACGCGACGACUCGGGAACCGCGGACACUUCAGGUUUGGACGCCGCCAAGCUCCCUGGACUGCCGACGUCUUCUGAGCAUCUCCAGAGCCAGCCAGGGGCUGCCUCGGAUGCCGAAAUUCGAACCCCGCAAGGCCGAGGUGAAACGGAGCACUCUUGCGAAGCCAGGGAGGCGCCGGGGAGGCGUCGGGGAGCAUCGCCGGCGUCCGUUCGAGGCCGGCCUGGUGAAGCGUCUUCGCCGAGUUUUCUCCCGUCGAGCGAGCGCGGAGGAGUCAAAGCUGCUGCGUCUCCUGAGUCUGGUGCCGCAUCCGGAGUGGACUGGAAGCCUGGACCGUUUGACCAUGCACAACGCGGUAGCGAGGAAAAAGGCUCGCCAGGACUAAAGAAGAACCUCAGAGAAGAUCGGCCGCGCCUGUCGAGUGCACUGGCAGCGGCGAACCGCCCUCGAGAGGGCGUCGCUCCCCACCGCAAUCUGGACCUCGACAGACGCCUCCGCGGAGGAGCGGCCGGGGCCGGAGGAGUGCGAACGCCGUCUGGACGCUACGCCUCCAGGAAACAUGCCGGGCGGGCGAGGUUGUCGCCCGUCCGGAAGGUGGGCUGUCGCGAUCCAGGCUCUUCUCGCGACGGAAGACCGGGAGCGGCUCACGAUUCCGCGCUGGGAUCGACCGGCCUGGCCGCCGCCCAGACGGGAGCAGAUCCAACCUGCACGUCCUUCGUCAGGCAGCCGUCCUGGUCACUCCUCGGGGACGUGGUGCUGUCUUCGUCUUUGGUGCGGCUUCCGGCGCGGUUUCUGCUCUUCAUGCUCGAACCGCUCCUCUCGCUGGUCUCUCCUUCGCCGCCCGGCGAGGCCUCUGCGCGACAUGCGUCCCGCCCCUGGUUCGCGCUCCUGUACCGAAGCUGCUUGCUCCUGGUCGUGUAUCGAGUCGUCUCGUCGUGCACGCGGUAUUCCGUCUCCACAGUGCUCCUCUCAGCAGCCGGCGUCGGGCUCCUGUCCCUCCUUGUCCGGUUCGUUUUGAUUAUCGCCGGCAAGGAAGAGGCGGCCAACAAGAGCUUGAAGUGGUUGUCUCCGCCGUCGCUGCUGACGCCUCUGUGUCGGCUCCUGGGGUUGCUCCACGGCUCGAUGCAGAGUUCCCUGAACCCCAUUCUGGCCAUCAUCGUCAUGUUAACUUCGGUCUUUAUCGUCUCGCUCAUCGUCGCCUUUUUCUGUUUCCAGUUCUACAACGAGAUCACGCUUUUGUGGGACGCGUUCCAGCGCACCAUCGACACGUACAUUCUGCGCUCGUCGACGAUGCAGCAAGCGCUGCAGACGAUCCACAGCUUCGCAGGCGCCUCGGAGGCUGAACAGGGCUCCUCGCGGACCAACACGACGGCGCCUGCCUCGUCUUCGCUCUCUGCUUCGCAAAUUCUCUUCAACCUCAUCGCCAAGGCGGCAAACGCCGCGACUGCCAAUUCGGACCAGAGCGCGACGAGGUCGGCCGACGGCCCGGACGGCCCCUUGGCGGGUUCCGAGGCGGCCGCUGCGCCCCGCGCGCCGGCGAAGGCUCCGGGAGCGAUGGAGAGCAUCGGCGCAACUAUCGCGGCGGCGAUUGCCGCCGGAACGCGCCGGGGCGCCGACGGCCGCGCGGCCGACGGGUCCGCUGCGUCGCAUCUGAAGCAGCUUUUAGGCGCGAGCAUUGGACGCUACUCCGACCUGUGGCUGUCCAUUCGCCACUUUGCAGCUGCAAACGCUGGAGCUCCCGUGGCCAAAGUGUCGGUGACGGCCCCUGGAGGCAGUCCCGGCCCCGCGCUCGGGUUCAGUCGCGGAACGAGUGCGCCGGGAGGCUUGGCCUGGAAGGACGGCGGCGACAGCAUCCCCGUCGUGAUUGUUCGUCAGCCCGGCCCGCAGGCGCGCCUCCCUGGGGCCGAGGCCGUCUUCUCUCCCGGGGAGGACACCACGGAUUCUCCGCCGCCUGUGCUCACUGAGGGCGGAUUUCGCCGCUGCGACGACACGCGCGUCGCGCGCAGAGGCGUAGCUGCAACGACGCAGGCGCCGUCCGAGACACCCUUCUCCGGCCCAGGCAGCCGCGACCGGCCGGGGUCGGUGGUGUGGCCUUUCUCGUGGUUUUUCCGGUGGACAGAGGCGGGGGAGCGGAGGGAGCGCGGCGCCGUCAUUCGGGCUGGGUUGCUCCACUUUGUGGACGAGGGGAAGCGCGAAGCGCGGGACACGCUGAACGUCUCGCUCGAGGCGCCCGACCCGAGCGGCGACGCGGGCGCCUUCUCACAAACGCGCGGGAAGCCCGACAGGUGUCCGGCAGACGGGAGCCUCGCCUUUCGGUUCCCAGAGACUGCGUUCGGCGCCCCGCCCGACAGCUGCGUUCGGGAGAAGGCCAAGGAGGCGGAUUUGUUUGACUCGGCUCCAGGCGGCGACCUCGCGGGCGCGUGCUCCGGGACCGGGUCGCAGGCCGGCGUGGACGCAGGGCAAGACUGGCCCCGGGCGCCGGGAACUUUCGACAGCCCCGCGGGAGACGACUUCGCUCUGUCUCGCGGGCGCGGCCCCGCCUUGGCGGAAAAGACGGCCGAGCUGUCGGGAGGACGCGGCGGCGGACAAACAGAGGUUGGGGAAUGGCUCUCAGACGGGACUCCGGUUUACGCGCGGGCGGCGCAAGACGACGUCGCACGGUGGCACGGCGCGGGCGCCCGAGAGGAUCCCAGUCGCGAGGGGCUUCACGGAGACGUGUGGAAACGGUGGGAGAACACGGCGGAAUUGAUCGGCCAGCUGCGACGCGGAAACCUCUCGGGCGCUGCAGGGAAAGCGAAGGAAGCCGUCGUCUUCUUCAGCGCGCUGUACUACCUUCUGUGCAGCAGCCGCAGCUGUCUGGAGUAUCUGGAAGAGCUCCUCUGCAUCGUGGAUCCGAGCUGCAUCGUCUCCCACUCCAUCAACCGCGGCCUCCGGGCGAUUCUCUACUCCUCCUUCAAGCGUUUCUGGUUCUACAGCUUGUUCACGUGGUUCGUCUACGAAAGCGCAGGCAUGCCGGUGGUGUACGUCCCCACUGCAGUUUCGGGUCUCCUGGCGCUUCUUCCGCUGCUCCCGCCCGAAAGUGUGUCCGUGAUUCCCUGUCUCGUCCUGUGGUGGGGCCGCGGCGAAGAGGCUGUCCUCGACGCACAGACUCUGGCUGCUGCUGCCUCGCCGGGGCGAAGGGAGGAGACGUCCGCCGGCUUCUCGGGAACGGCUGCAGGCGCUUGGUGGGCCGUGCUCAGUGUGGCAGCCGGAUCUCAGCGGAAACUCGGCGCGGUCACCCUUUUGGCUGCAAAUGCGGUUGUUUGGUGGAACGUGACGACUGCGAUCUACCGGGAAAUUCCAGACAGCAACCCAUGGCUGGUCGGCCUCUCGGUGGCUCUCGGCCUCUCGACGUUUGGCAUGAAGGGAAUUAUCAUUGGCCCCGUCUUGGCGACUAUCCCUUUGAUUGUUUUGACCGCCGCCGCCAAGUUCAGCGAGCGGCGAACGCGCGAGCACCAACUCGCGGCGAUGGUUGCGCAACAGACUGCGGCCUCGCCGCUCGCUUCUCCUCGAGGCGGCCGCUCUCGCUUUGCGCCCGAAAUGGGUGCAUCCCCUGCUCGUCGACGCGCUGCGAAACGGCGCCGUCCGCGACCUCAGCCGGGCGCCUUCGCGUCGGCGUCGGAACCUUCCGCGGCGGAUCGCCUCUGGCCCGGCAGCCGUCCGGACCCGCUGUCUCCAACUGGAGACGCCGACGGGCUGAACGCGCCGGAGAGUCCCUUGCACGCCGACGACCUGAACUCGUGGUCUGAAAGCGGGCGCACGUCCUCGGUCUCGAGCUGGGAGAACGGAGGCGACGCCGUGGCGGGCAUCAAAGAGGUCAUCUCGGGGCCUCCAGCCUCGCCGGCUGCGGCUGCCGCCGCCGUGGAACUCGCCGACGCAGCGCACGCGGCGGCUGUGGCCAAAGUCGCCACGCUCGUCGGAGACGCAGGCGGCGUGGUCACGAGUCCUCCGGUCGCGGAAGUUGCGCGCAAGCUCACCGGGCGCGCCACGUCGACGGGAGUUCUACAGCCACAUACCUGCGAGGCGCCGCAGCUGGCCGGAGCCGGCCUCGUGGACCCGCGGACGCCAGGCGCGCGGGCGGGUGCGGACGCUGGCGCCCCUCCGGGGCGACUCUCUGCGCCGUGGAAGGCAGAAAGCCUCGGCGCGCCGCCUUUGGCCACGGAAGGCUUCGUCGUUCCCCUGUCGUACGCAGCCGCUGCGUCGGUCUCUCCGGUGGGGAUGGCUCUGCACACGGCGCCGAGCGGAGAGACAAACAGCAGUUUGCCCUUGAGCGACGCCAGCGACCGCACGGAGCCAUGGUGGAGUCUGCCGGGCGGAGCCCCGGGGUUCUUCGCGCCCGAAGGCCUUGGGGGCCGAGCGUCGGCAGGCGUUCCGAGUCGGUCGAGUGCGCGGGCUUCGAGACUCGGCGCAGUCGAUCGGCGGCAUCGAGAUCCGCGCGUUUUCUGGCCGCUUCGGAAGCCGUCGAAGCGGAGUCGCGCGGUGAGCAGCGCGAUGCGCAUGUGGCCGAGCCACUCGUUUCGCGGGCGCAUGCCGCCGGUGCAUCCAACUCGAAGACACGGUCCCUCCGGCCGAGAUUCCGGCCGUUUCCGCGCGGGAGAAAUGAUUCCCUGGGAGGGCGCGCCUCGCGCAGGUGCGCUGUCCACGGAUCUGUCCCUGCCGGCGCUGUUUGCCGAGUGCGGACUCGGGCGCGCCGUCGAGGGCGUGCAUGCCUCCCGAGUUCUUCCGGGACGAGCGUCUUCGGGCCCCGUCCCCCCGCUGUUCCAGCGCAUGGCUUCUGCGUGGACUGGAGACGGACCUGCGCGCUGCGCUGGAGAGCUCGCGGCCCGCGACUCGGGGCGGCGGAGUUCGCUUGCAUGCAGCAACCGCAGCGCGCCGCAGCUCAAGGGGCUGUUGGGAGGUGCGGACGACGUCGACUCUGCGGCGGAGAUGACGCGGCGCAGUGCCAGCAAGCCCGAACAAGGACCCGAGCGAGGAAGUGGAGACGCAGAGAAGGCGCGCUCGUCUUCCAUGUUGGCGGCUGCCGUGCUCAAGACGGCGCAGAAACUCGAGUGGCUGCUCGACCGGUCGAGUGGGGCGCCUGCGGAGCCAGGCAGCGCCGAGGAAGCUUGCGGCCAGAGACCUGCAGGGCGAAGUGCGGAUGAGGCGGGGAAGUGGCCUUUGGCGCCCCAUGGCGCGUGUCCCCAGCCCCCUGGCAAAGCUCAGGCGUUUCGUGAAGGCGUGAGGCAUCCGCCUCUCGUGCCUGCGAAAGAGAAAGCAAACGCAGUCGGCGAUGCUGAGGGAGGGACGGAUAUCCGGGGCGGGAAGGCCGUGCGCGGGGGAGGAAAGGCGACGCUGGAAAGAACUGGGAAAGGCGCAGGCAGUCGCGCAUCCCUGGCCAGCCCAGUGGUCCAGUCCACAUGCAACGCUGCGAACGCUGGGGCCCCCGGUCGACCGGAAAGCGUGACAAACAGUGCAGCCGCGGAAGAGGUACAACGUCCCGCCACACAGGAAAGACAGCGAGACAAAAAGGCGGGCGAGGCCGUAACCUCGAAGUAG